AUGCACGUACAGCAAAAGAGAAAGAGAGAUCUGAAAAGCCAAAAUAAGGAAGAGAUCCUUCUGAUGAGAAAAGAGAGAAAUAGAGAAAAAGCACAGAUUUUCAGGCAAAGAAAGAAGGAAUACAUCAAUUCUCUUGAACAGAAGAUCAAGCAACUUGAAGGGAAAGUCUAUGAGCUUACUGUCAAGCUUGAGAAAUACGAAGGUGAAAGGAAUCUCCCAUGAACUUAUGAAGCAGAUCUUUUUGCAGAGCUUGAGUCAAGCCAUUUCUGUGAUUCUCCUACCUUCUCAAAAGUUGAGGAUCAGCUUGAUAUUGACUCUAUGUGAGGAAAACAGGAAAAGCUCAUGCUGCUCUUUAAUAGACUCCAAGUUAAUGAGCAUAGUGAUUCCUUUAAGUACUUCGGUAAAAUGGGUAACUAUAUGAAGAGCGAGAUCAUCCAUCAUAACAACUUAAAUAUUCUUGAAAAAUUCCUUUUGGAGUGCAAUAUGACUCCUGAGCAAGUUAAAAAUGAUUUUCAGAAUAUUAAUAUUACCCAGCUGAACAAAGCAAUGAAGAGUGUUGCAGAGACAAUCAUUGACACUAAGAGAAACUUUGAGUGCUUGAAAAACUUAUCAAAGAAGGCAAUCGACAGAAUUCUGAAGAACUUCAAUAGCUCUCAGAUCCACAAAUUCACAAUACUUUCUGAAGAGUUGGCUUCCAGAGAAAAUUUGACCGCAGCAAAAAUAUGGGAUCUUGUCGAAGAGACUCCUCAAGAGUCUGUGCAGCAACAUGUUCCAUUCUAUUAAAUAAUUCUUAGUCAUAAAAUUUAGGUUCAAUCUA